AGAUAUUCGUACAGGGGCGAUGAGUCGAUUUUCGCGAUGAACUAUCGCUGGAAACUCGUGGACAGAAACUCCAACAACCAACUAGCAGCUGUCAAAAGGACUCGCGCGUCGAACAGGCCUGGAGAUCCUGCCCAGCAAGGAAGCAGCUUAAAUCUGGGCACAAAGCCGGGCGCGGGUCUCGGAUCGGUGAUCGGCUGGCGGUCGGCACGAAAACUGGCGACAGGAUUCGCCACAGCGACGAUGAGGUGCCACGCCAUUGGCCGAGGUGCGGAGGUAACAACGGGCAAAGAACCUCAUCUGGGUGACCGGGUGACCUCCUUCGGCAACCUGGUACCAGGAGAACUUACGCGACUGUCCUCUCUAGCGAUGCUCGGUUUACUCAUUGGGGGGCAUCGACAAAAACCACGAAUUUUCAUCGCCCCAACAGUCCGACGAUUUCCUUCAUUCGCUGCGAUGCGAAUUGUUUCUUCGGAUUUAGCAAUGGAUAAAAGUGAAAAUUCCCGAUCAAAGUGGCAAAAAUCAGUUUUUUACCAAUGCGAUUGAAAAACCAAAAUCUAAAUAAGGACUUUGGUAUCUAGAUAUUAUAAGAAUAUAUUUCUAUACACGUCAAUUCUCCACGAAUGCAUAAAGAUCCACAGUCUAAUAAUAACGUCCGUUUUCUUUCCUUGCUUCUCUAACCUGAAUCGUAACGAGUGUAAUGACAGUAAUACGAGAUUAACGAGACCACGAUCACCAUACUUCUCCGAGUAUUCUUCUUUUUCCGGUAAUUAUAUUUUCAUCGGCCAUGUCUUUGACUCGUAAUAUUCUUGGCUUUCCCUGAUCGAUCGCGCAAA